CAUCCCGAGCGAGCUGUUUCCGGGUCAAUGCAGGACGCGGCCGCCGGACUGGGCGCGUGAAGCGGUGGGGCCCGUAAAUUACAUGGACGUGUGAUCUUUACCCUCUGGAGAAAAAAAAUGAAGCGCUAAGAAGAUUCCCUGAAACUCAUACAUGUAACUCCAGAGAGAGCUGAUGCUGAGACUAACAAAUAACCAUCUUGUACACUUCAGCUGUCUGAUUUCAAGCUUGAAUAUCUAGGCCUUAAUCUCAACAUGGGCCACUCUGAACAGUUCUUUCCCAUUUGAUUUCAUUUCUGGAAGGGACCAUGGAUCAGCCCAGUGGGAGAAGUUUCAUGCAAGUUCUUUGUGAAAAAUACAGCCCUGAAAACUUCCCAUAUCGCCGUGGUCCUGGAAUGGGCGUGCAUGUCCCAGCCACACCUCAGGGUUCACCUAUGAAAGACCGUCUCAACCUGCCAAGUGUGCUGGUACUGAACAGCUGUGGAAUCACCUGUGCAGGAGAUGAGAACGAGAUAGCUGCCUUCUGUGCUCAUGUAUCUGAACUGGAUCUUUCUGACAAUAAACUAGAAGACUGGCACGAGGUCAGUAAAAUUGUGUCAAAUGUCCCCCACUUGGAGUUUCUGAACCUGAGUUCCAAUCCUCUGAAUUUGUCAGUUUUAGAGAGGAGGUGUGCUGGAUCUUUCGCUGGUGUUCGCAAACUUGUGCUCAACAAUAGCAAAGCUUCCUGGGAAACAGUCCAUACCAUACUGCAAGAAUUACCAGACUUGGAGGAACUUUUCCUGUGCCUUAACGACUAUAAUACAGUGUCUUGUUCUCCAGUUUGUUGUCACUCUCUCAAAUUGCUCCACAUAACUGACAAUAAUCUCAAAGACUGGACUGAAAUCCGGAAGCUGGGGAUAAUGUUUCCGUCACUAGAUACUUUGGUUCUGGCCAAUAACUAUCUGUCAGCCAUUGAAGACUCAGAGGAUUCCCUGGCAAGGCUAUUCCCGAACUUGCGAUCCAUCAGUCUGCACAAGUCAGGUCUGCAUUCCUGGGAAGAUGUUGACAAACUGAAUUCUUUCCCCAAGCUUGAGGAAGUGAGGUUGCUGGGCAUUCCUCUCCUUCAGCCGUACACCAAUGAGGAGCGAAGGAAGCUGGUAAUAGCCAGGCUACCAUCGAUCACAAAGCUGAAUGGAAGUGUCAUAAUGGAUGGAGAGCGAGAAGACUCUGAGAGAUUUUUCAUUCGCUACUAUAUGGACUUUCCACAAGAAGAAGCCCCUUUCAGGUAUCAUGAACUAGUGACAAAAUACGGGAAGCUGGAGAAGCUGGCUGUGGUCGACCUGAGGCCUCAGAGUAGUGCCAAAGUCGAAGUUCACUUCAAAGAUCAGGUGGAAGAGAUGACCAUCCGCUUGGAUCAGACGGUGGCGGAACUAAAGAAACAAUUGAAAACGGUGGUCCAGCUGCCAACCAGCAACAUGCUUGUCACCUACUUUGAUCACGAAGCCCCUUUUGGCCCCGAAGAGAUGAAGUACAACACGAGGGCACUGCAUUCUUACGGCAUUCGGGAUGGAGAUAAAAUCUUCGUGGACUCCAAAACCAAGUAGCCUCUCUGCUCCAGCAGGCCCCGCUCCAGAGUGCACAUCCGCCCCACGUACACAACCAAGGGACUUCCUGAUGGGGUGUUUCAUUUGGGUUCAUCGGUUGAGAUUUGGUUUUUAGAGGUGUAUCGGUUCACUUCUCUAGCCCAGGUUGGCAGGCCCAGAUCUGUGAGAUAAGCACCAGGAUUCAGCGCAGAUUGCAGUCAGGAUGUUUCUCAGAGGAGUGGCAUCAAGCAGGUGUGCUGUUUUCCAUUGGUAUCUCCCAGCUGUUCCACUGUACUUGUGAAUGUAGCAUGAAAGGCUGUCUUCAAAGCUUGGAGGUUAUUACAGCCACUCAGCCAGGGAAUUCAGGCUUCCAGCAGGCAUAAGGGUAAGGUAUGUGUGAAAAAGAUUCUGGGGGGCUCUUGUUCACUCAGCGGUUGGACUCCAAUUACAAACGGCUGCGCUGCUGUUCCUUCA